UAGAAUUGUCAACAAUUUGACAUAACCUUUGGCAUUUAUGAUUUUUGACUUUUGUUUGGAAGUUGGAUAAUAAAUCGAAUCGAUUUUAUUGUUUUACGAAAAUAUUGUUGUUGUGAUCAAUAAUAAUUAUAGAGAAUAACCAAAUAUUACAUGAAUAAAGUGUAAGCUUCCUAUAUAAUGGCCAAUAAGGAAGACGAAGAAACAUUUCAAGACGACGUGUACAUUAACCCCGAAGAUGGUAUGCCUAACAUUCAUCCUAAUAUUGCUGAUUUAGACCACGACAGCGACUCCCAGCACGAAUUACUAAAUAACCUCGAUGACUUACCCAAAUCUGUGAUCGUAACAAAUAUUCAUAGUGAUGUUUUCGGCGACGAGAAAUUGAAGAAGGAAUUAGAAGAUUUGUUUCGUACGUUUUCGGAUAAUGUAACGUUUCAGUGGUUACGGAGUUUUAGGCGCUUACGUGUUAAUUAUGACAGUCCACUUGCGGCGGCGAACGCUCGUAUGCAACUUCAUCAAUAUCACUUUUAUAAUAGAUCCAUCAAUUGUUAUUUUGCACAGCCAGUGACGCCUAUCUCUUUAAAAAAUUUAAGACCGCCGGCCCCCGUUAAACAGUUCCUGAUCUCGCCGCCGGCAAGUCCUCCUAUAGGGUGGGAGCCACGGGAAGAAGGUGAGCCGCUCGUGAACCAUGACUUACUUGCUGCGAUUGCCAGUCUAGCGCCCGGCGCGAGCCAUGAGCUGCACGCACCGACUCCCACACAGCCAGCCAUAGUGGUACACACUGCUUUAUCUACUGAGACCAAUGCUCCAAAAAUUGGCUGCCCAAUACCACAUACUCGUUGUCCUGAAUAUUAAUAUGCCUUGUUAUGAAAUGUAGGAAAAUUAUUUUUAGAUUAGCUGUUUAAAUGCUUUUUAUUCUAUCACCUGUCAAUUUUUAUGACCAGUGAUGCCAAAGAGGAUAAUGCAACUUAUUUUAUAGUAACUGUUGUAUCAAAUAGGCUGAUGUUUGUUGAACAAACAGUCUUAUAUAUCACUAAUUAUAAUGAUAGGCAUUCAUAAAUCAGCUUAUCAGUUUAUUUUAUUUUUAAAAGUUAGAUAUUUAUAAAUUCAAUUGGUGCUAUUUUUUGAAAAUUUAACAUUGCUUAUGUUUAUAAUUAUUGUAAUUUAGAAUAUUGUGAAAUAAUUUUCUAUUUGUUAUAAAUAGAAUAAUAUUAUAAACAGGGAAGCAAUAUUUUAAUUUUCUCCUUUAUUCUUUAAGUCAUAAAAAUAUCACCAAAAAUUUCUUACUGAAUAUUAACUCGUGUUAUUUUUUAGCUAAAUUUGCUCAAUGUUAUUGCUUUUUAACAUACAAAUUGAAAGAGCAAAUACUUAAUUGAUAAGUACUUAACAUACAUAUUUGUUAGAGCAGCUAUGUAUUAAACUAUGUCAGUACAGUUCUGUUGAAAAAUAAUAAAGAAAUUAAUUCCAUAAACCAAGAAAUGUAUAUAAAGCAACCCACAUGUAUUUAUCACAUCAAACAAAUCAUUGUUAACCACUUAAGUUGGUUAAAUUUUUUCUUUAAUUCUAAUAAGAGCCCUUAGCCCUUGACUGCAACCUCUCUUGUUGGUAAGUGAUGCUUCAGUCUAAAAUGGAAACUGGUUAGCAUGGAAGAGGUAUGCCAUCUAAAGUUAUUAUUAUUAUUACUGCUUUGCAAAAAUUGACCUGGGAGUAUAAGUAUUAAAUUCUAAAUCUGAGAAAUAUACAUUUGAAUAAGUAUGUAUUUAUGAUACAAUUAAAUAACCUUGCAAGUGAGCUUGCAAGUAUUUGGUAUAGGCAUAGUUAUGUGAACAGAACAUUGUUAUUGUAAGUACAUUGUUGGGAAAUUGAAUUUAAUGACUACAUAUAUAAAUAUAUUUAGUUAUGUGCCCUUUCACUUUGUCACUUGAAUUUAAUGCUUUACUGUAACAACCUUAAAUACUAUUUAUUUAUUAGUAUUAUCUUUUAAAUUAAAUUUUAAUGGAUGUAAGUAUUAGUCCUAUUCCAAAGUAGGUUUCUGUUUCCUACUACUUUUUAGCUUUAAUCAUUUUUUAUAAUUAUUUAUUUUAUUUACUAUACUUUAAUUAUUAAAUUGUAGUUAAAUUAUACUUUAAAUGUGCUUCUUUUCAUUUAUUUUGUCUAAGAUUCGGCAUACCAUUAAGUGCACUCUUAAGAGGUUGUCAUGCUGCAAAUGCAUAAUAUCCUUCAUACAUUGUCAAAGUGUAUGAGCUAUGAUUAAGUCAUUGUGAAGUAAAAUGGAUUUUAACCAGCUUGUUUUAAAGCUCAAUUUCGUAAGUUUGUUUGUACAUCUACAGCCAGAGCAGCAUUUCUUGCGAAAUUAAAAUCUGGUGCGCGUUGUACUGAAGUUUUUACUUUAAAUCAAUGGUUCUUAGAUCCAUUUUUCUCUGGUGGUAUUGUGUUUCGAUGCUCGAAUUCUAUGAAUGUCGUUGGUGAGACGUAAAGUUUUAUAUAAGCACCCUGACGAGCGGCUCGCACCAACUUGCUCGGCAGAAGUGUGGUUACACCUAGCUUUAGCCGGCUACAACUCGAUAAGACCAGUAGCAGUUUGUUAAACUAAGUCGAAAAAUUUUAUUCACUGCUAAAACUAGGUGUAGCCAUUUGCAGUCGAUUAAAACUAGGAAAUUAGGUUAAAAAUAGAAUAACAAAUACAUACUACACAUAAUAAUACACCUCUAGUGCUACCAAAGACUAACAUUCUGUUUUUUCGUAUUAUUAUUUAGUUUUUUUUUAAUUGAGCAUGAGUGGAAAAUGCAGACCAAAUGAUAGUGUUAGAUUGUAAAAUGAAUGUGGCUAUAAAUUACUUGUCUUAUCUGUGUAUUGAUUUGUACAACGCACAUACCCCAAAUAAAGUAUAAUUCAGAGAGACUAAAGAAUAGGCACUUACUAGGUAUCUAGGUACCUUAUAUUAUGUGUUGGAUCGCAAAGGUGCCCUGCGCGAGGAGCCAGCCCUCUUGAUCAUAUCACCGUGCAUUAGCCGACUCAGUCUGAGUUCCAUUGAUGUAAAGUAUAAACCCACAACGGCAAGCUGGCCGAGUAGCCGCACGCGACAAAUGCGGACAUGGAGGUACCUGGUACCUACAUAUCACCCAGUGUUGGGCUUAGGCCUUGGUACCAACUACCAACUAGGCUCUUUUCAAGUUGAAAACCAAACAUUACCGAAUACCGAAACAUUUGAAUUAUGUAAAAGCUUCUAGAAUCUGCUUUUCAGUAAACCAACAACGGCUGAAAACUUCUAAAAUCACUAUAAUAUUAUAUGUGCACUUAUUAAGUUUCAUUAAAAUAAUAAAUGUUCGGACUCUCGACGGCGUACGAUUUUAUUGUCACCUUUUUACAAUCGAGUAUGUCUUUUUAACACUUACCUACGGGCCACCACGCACCAUCAAGAAUAUCGUACAAUUUGCAUGAUGGCUUGAGGCUUGAUCGAACGUCUGGCCAUACACAAUCAAGUUUACCAUCAAGUAUGCAGCGGACUUGAAGCGGGGCGACCAGUAAACUUGACGGUAUAUGGCUAUCAGUUGACGUUGACGAAGUUUGCAUGAUCAAAUCUUCGGAUUAUGUUCCCAUCUGUCAAUUCUUCAGAACUCAUACAGAUUGAACGAUAUACUUUGGCGUGUAGCCUACGUUGUAUCUGUGAAUCGUUGUUGUUUCUAUAAACUAUUAUUGUUAGUACUUAACUGAAUCUAAUAUUAAACUUGAGGCUGAAACAAACAACGCGCGAUGGAUACGUGUCCAACGCCGCUCUUGUCUUCUAGAAGUUGUUUUCAAAAAUUCGUAGGUAAAAACCUGGCAAUAAACAUACCGAGCUUUAGAAAGAAAAUUAGUCGACAGCUUUGGUUUUGUGAGUAUAUUUUCUAGAUUCCUUUAAUUAUGCGGUCUUUGUGCUGUUGUAGACGACUAACAAAAUCCUUUAAUUGCAAAAUGUAAUCUUGAAUCUUAUAUCACCAUUUUUUUAACUGCCCUCUCUGUGGCUCUUCCGUUCUACGUGACAUUGGCGAAGUGCAACGAUGUGGCAUUACUAAAAACCAUUAAACAAAAUAAGAGAAGUAGAGUCGUCUCUCGUUGAGAUCGACAAAACAUCACGCUGUAUGAGUGACAGAGUUGACGCUCUACGAAGCCGAAGCUGCCGAAAAUCUCUUUCUGAAGCACGAUGUUAUAUUUACUGCCGGGUACCUACUGUACAUAAUAAUAAAUUAAUUACGUAGUUAUAUGAAUCCGAUGUUGAAGAAAUCCCACUGUCGCGCCCUAUAGUCUUGAGUGCUUCGUAGAGUCACAAAUACAAGUGGUACAGUGAUCGCAAAAGUCAAAACAAGUAAUUCAAUCUGAAGUUGCGACACGGCGGGUUACGCAGAUCAUAGACUAGGAUUGAAAACAAGCUCCGCUGAAUCUAUUUUUGUACAAUGCACAGUCAUAGUAUGACAGCCAUACACCUCGUGUUCAAUUGGACUUAUUUAGCGCGCACUAUACCGGCAGUUUCUUGUAUUCAAACCAUACACGCCUACGCGCGCGUUCGAUGUGACAUCCCAGUACGCGGUUUCCAUCACGCGUUGUGUGUUAGCCUUACAUUAGUGUAACUAUCUCAUUCGUCGUUUUAAUCUCACUGUGAUUUCAAUAUUUAUUGUUUGUUGUAAAUAUUAAAAAUGAUAUUGAGUUUUUA